AUGCGAAAUUGGAACGGAUCAGACGACUGGAGUCUUGAAGAAACUCUUCACCUUUUCGAACUGAUGGAAAUUGAGAGUGAAUGGUCUGAACGAAGUAAAAAACUGAUAGAAAAUUUCCAUGAUAAACGACCAAAUGAAUUCGCUUCAGCAUUGCGUUAUGCAUAUUUGACUUCAAUUAAUGUAACUAAGUCACAGGCUUGUAAAGAUGAGUUUGAACGCGUUAUGUCAAGUGGUCAUCCCCACCAUUUUCUUCGAAAACCGGGAGAAAAAUAUUCUCGCAAAGAACUUAUUAAUGCUUGGGUUGUCUAUUUUCAACAAGAAGUAAAGAAUAAAAAAGCACAGGAAGAACAGUUGCUUUUGGUCAAAUUGCGUUUGAAGGCAGAUCUUUUCAAUCGUUUGUUUUCAUCAAACUGUGACUUGUCAGAUAAGGAUAUCAAGCAGUUAUUGAAAGAAGCUCGUGAAGAAGAUAAAGAGCGUGAUCAAGAAAUUCUUCAACAAGAAAUUAAAGUUGGAAUGAAGAACCUGAAAGACUAUCUGGCAUUGCACAAAGACGACCCAGCAAAAUAUCCACAGCUGAAAAUUGUCAUACCACCACCAUCGCGUCCGCUGGAAUCCUGUGCGGACGAGGAUUCAGUUUCUUCAUUUCAUUCUCUUUUUGAAGGGUUGUCUAUCCCCGUACAUUCCCGUGCAGAUGCUACACGUUAUCUUAGUGUUGUUUCUGAACCUUCCUUACCUAAAACCAACACUCCAAGGCUUCCAAAAACUUCUGUGCAUACUUCAGUCAGUAAAAAUACUGAAAAAGUCAAGAAACCAGCGUCUACUAGAGCAAAAUCACAAUCAGAGAAACGCAGAACUUCGACAACAAAGACGAAAAAUAUUAGGUCAGAUUCUCUUUCAAAAAGUAAUACUGAGAAAGAGGGAAGCGCUGUACUUGAAACACCGAAUAAGACUAAAUCGCAUGCUGCCAAAGUCAGGGACAAAAAUGAAGUUAUUCCAGUUUCUGUGGAGACGACUGGGAAGAAAGAAAUGACAAAAUCGCAUGCUGCCAAAGUCAGGGACAAAAAUGAAGUUAUUCCAGUUUCCGUGGAGACGACUGGGAAGAAAGAAAUGGCGAACUUCCAUUGUACAAUUACAAAAUCGCAUGCUGCAAAAGUCAGGGACAAAAGUGAAACGAGAUCGCAUGCUGCAAAAGUCAGGGAUAAAAGUGAAGUUAUUCCAGUUUCCGUGGAGACGUCUGGGAAGAAGGAAUCAGCGAAAUCACAUGCUGCAAAAGCCAGGGACAAAGAAAUUAUUCCAGUUUCCGUGGAGACGACUGGAAAGAAAGAAAUGACGAAAUCGCAUGCUGCAAAAGUCAGGGACAAAAGUGAAGUUAUUCCAGUUUCCGUGGAGACGACUGGAAAGAAGGAACUAGCGAAAUCGCAUGCUGCAAAAGUGAGGGAUAGAAGUGAAGUUAUUCCAGUUUCCGUGGAGACGACUGGAAAGAAGGAACUAGCAAAAUCACAUGCUGCAAAAGUCAAAGACAAAAGUGAAGUUAUUCCAGUUUCCGUGGAGACGACUGGGAAGAAAGAAAUAACGAGAUUCAAUUGUAUUUUUCGAAAGAUGAAAACUAGAAGGGUUCGAAGAAUUUCUGCGAGAUCAUUGGGAGAAUCAAAUAAUGUAGAAACAUCUUUGCGACAUAAUCGUUCGUCAAGUACUUCUGGUGGAAAAGUAUUUGGUACUAUUUCCAAAGGGGAAAAAGGAACAACAGAAGAUGAAGGAAAAUUGCGAAGAUCAGAAAGACAUCAGGCGAAGGUCGAUAGUGAAGUUGGUAUAAACCUAGAACCCCUGCCUCCUGUAAAACAAAAGCGAGAAAACAGAGUUGAAGAGCAUGAUAGCAGUGAGGAAUCAGGGAAGAAAAGACGUCGGUUGUCAACCAAAGAUAUAGAACUAGCUGAAAAGAAUAAUGAACAUCAAGUGGAAAGCAAUAUUGAGAUUCAGUCCAGUCCAGAAUUGGAAAAAGAAGAUGAAAGCCCAUCGAAUGACCAAAUUAACGAGAAGGAAAAAGAUAUUACUUUAGAAGCUGAAAACACAACUUCACAAGCUAUUCCUAACGAGACAGAUAAAGAAAGAGAAGAAGCGGAUCGAGAGAUUCCAAUGACUCAGUCUCCAGGAGUCUCAGGUGUAAAGUCCGCUAGUCGUCGACAAACAAGAAAAGGAGGUGAAUGUGAUGCGGAACAAAAAGCUCUCAUGAUUACUGCAUGGCGUAUGAUAUCUAGUCAUAAACAUGCAGCUAUUUUUGCACAUCCAGUGUCGGAUAAAGAUGCUCGAUCUCCGAUGGAUCUGAGCACAUUGAAAAAGAUGUUGGAUAAUGGUACGCUGAAGGAUAUGAAGGAUUUCAAGCGUAAUCUAAUAUUGAUGUUUGCAAAUGCAGUAAUGUUCAACAGUACGGGGCAUGAAGUCAAUACUUUUGCAAAAGAAAUGGCCGCUGAUACAUUGAGUGCACUUAAGUCAAAUGAAGUAUCACUUUCUUUUUAUCUUUCUGAGGUUUUUGAUCGUUUAUCUUCACUGCAGAUGCUUCAAAAAGAUGUUUUGUACGCUCGGGGUACUGCACAUAAGACUCGAAGAAGUGCUGCUUUUGCUGCGGAAGAGGCAAAAUUUGAACGGUCAAGAUUCACGACUAGACGUUCCACUCUUGGUACCGUGGAAGAACCUAAUAGAGAUAAAUCAUCGACAAAUUUUUCUCGAGAAACUAGUGAGACUCCAAAAAAUGUGGUUCAAGCAAAAUAA